AUGCCGGCUCAAUAUCCGCGGCCUCCGCAGCGCGAAUCAUGGUUUGCGCCGCUAUCUAUUGACCUACUCCUCAAGGUCCUCAACACGACUAUUCUGCACCCUUUUGUCUGCUGGAUCAUUCCAUUGUGCUUUCGCGCGCAGACAGUGAAAUGGGAGGCCCCGCCUAUGAUAGCCGCUAUUGCUUGGGCUACUAUAAUCACGCUUUUCUGGAUGGCCAAUGUGAUCAACCAGCGCAUCGCUCAUGGUAUCCCACGUGAAGUGGACCUGAGUGAGGAGGUUAUCGUCAUUACUGGGGGUGCCAGCGGGCUGGGUCUGCUCAUUGCUGAGGUGUAUGGUAUGCGCGGCGCGACAGUGGCAGUGCUGGAUGUGAAUGAGAUGGAGAACACGGAGGCGAGAGGUGUUACGUACUACAAGUGUGAUGUUGGCAACAAGGAAGAGGUUGCUAAGGUUGCGCUCGAGAUCGAGAAGGAUCUUGGUACACCAACUGUGCUCAUCAACAACGCUGCUAUUGUCAUUGGCAAGAGCCUCUUGGAUCUCUCUAUGGAUGAAGUCGACAAGAGCCUCACAACUAAUCUUCUGGGACCAUUCUACUGCCUCAAGACUUUCCUACCUGCUAUCAUCCGCAGUGGAAACGGCGGUACUAUCGUCAAUAUCUCUUCAGUCAUUGGAACCGUUGGCGCUGCCCAACUGACCGACUACGCUGCCGCAAAGGCUGGCCUUACAGCUCUGCACCGUUCCCUUACAGCUGAAUUGCGCGAAAGCCACCCCGAGAUCAGGACAGUGCUUGUUACUCCCGGCCAAGUAAGCACGCCGCUAUUCUAUGGGGUCCAAACGCCCAACUCCUUCAUUGCGCCUGUCGUUGAGCCUGUGGACGUAACGAAGGAGAUCGUCGCGGCUAUAGACAGCGGAAAGGGCGCUACUGUUGCGAUGCCUUUGUAUGCUCGAUGGGUGGAUUGGUUCAACGUGCUGCCUGUUGGGGUACAGACGAUGGCGCGCUGGGCAGCGGGCGUAGAUCGGGGUAUGAGGACGUUUGUUGGAAGACAGGGACAGAAGUUGGAGUGA